CUAGGGAUUACGUCUACAUAUAAAAUUAUUGCUUGAUUGUUGGAGAGCUCGGAAGGAUUGCUCUAAUUAGUUCAGAACACUUGGGAUGCUUUGUGAUGAAUUCCCUGUUUGACGGCUACCUUCGUGUAUGGCAUCAUCCCCGCCAUCUCCAUCACGAAUAUCGCACUGUAUGUAAUUCGUAAACACAUACAUUUUCAGCCGCAUACAGUCUGGAGGAGCGAGUUGCAAUGGUCCCGUGGCCUUGGCGCUCUUGUCCGCCGCCGGCCGCCCACAGCACACCCCACCUUCGUCUGGUCGCCGAAGCAGGCAGCUGAGGCUAUGCGAUAAAUCGUGCAGGGAAAUAGUAAAGAGCACACAAGAUGCCACAAUCAAGUUUGGCAAACCUCAUCUGUUUCUCGACACGUCCCCCACUGCUUUCGUCUGUGCCCUGUUCCCACGUGUUUGUUUCUGGUACGCCCAAGUACGCAUUUUGCAAUCAUCUCGAUGCCUUUGUUUCGCAAGAUCUUCUCGGGGGGCUCCUCCCACGGCUCGCCUCCGCAGGCUGGAGCCUCGUGGAACUCAUUGGAAAGCACACCCACUACAAGCUCGCUUCCAAACCCUUCCCCAACGAGUUCUCUCCUGCCCGCCACAACGACCGAGCCACCAACAAAGACGACGGUGACCGCUGAAGCUCUCACAAGCCCUACAUUUCUACCGUCCGGUUCCAUCUCACCUCCAGAAUCUCCACCAGCGACCGAGACGCCGCACGCCUUAGAGCCCGUUACCGAAGCCCAAACGUCUGGCUCUGGUCAAACCCCUGGCCAGUAUGCGACUCGUACCUUAGCCAAUGUAUCCCCCCGACCACCUACGGCUGGGGGAUUCAAUCCGUGGUACCCUCCGAAACCACGAGUGGGGUCUGAGAGAUCGACGAAAUCCGAGUUGAGCGCAUUCAGUGGCUCGCCGGUUAGCUCGCGUUCCAACACGGCGUCGACCGCGGCCACCAGCAUAUCCUCAACCGCGACGAGCAUACGAAAGCUGACGACGAGGGCCACUGCUGGGUUAGACUUGCGUAAAGAAGCCCGGCAGAAUCGGCACCCGAAGAAGGCCACUUGCGAACAGACAUUCAGCACGUAUUGCCUUGAAUGGGGAGCAUUGCGCGAAUGGCUCCAUCGUCGUUUUGAGGGUUACGACUUUGACGAAAACGAACUAAGAGUCCCGAACGUCGAGCACGAUUCUUACAAGUUCAACACGCCCGAGCCACUGACCGCUAAGGAUAAGGCCGACAUACACAAACUCCGAUGGGAUUAUGACUCAAGCAAAGAAUGAGAAGAGAUGGAGCCAUAUUCCAAUUCUUAUUGUUGUGGCUUGCCCUGAUUUGGGCCACCUGGUGUUGACCUGGGGUCCCGGCGUGACGUUUUUCCUCGAUUCGAGGAUUUCCCAGUUGGUUAGAGGGUGGCUUUUCCGUUGCUUGUUGCAGCGGUUGGGUGGGAUUCCAGCAGAACCCGUAUUCAACAGCCGUACCCAAACUGUCCGCUAGCUAUAGCCGUCUGUAAUUAUUCGAUAUAUUUAUUGAUCGUAUUCGCAUUUGUUGCACUGACACAACUCGGUUUUCUCUUAACGGAGAUGGUGGUAUGUGCUAUACAAUGCAGUUCGGCGGAGUCGAUGACCCUCGCGUGGACGAUACCUAAGGGACUGGACAUUUCAGCCCAGGAGGGCGACGCUUGAUAUUUAGGCACUUUCAUGCCCGACAUUGCGGGGCAACAGCGCCAAAGUUCGGUGGCCGCCCAGGCUGGUGCAACUACAUCGCCCCC